UGCCGGUUUUCCACUGAACGGACAAAACAAAAACAAAACACAAACUCGUGUCGAAUAAAACAAAACUGCAACUUUUUGGAAACUUUUUGAAGACUGGCGUGUUUUGCGACAGUUGCAGUUUUGUUUAUCGUGUCCCGUUCGGUAGCGGUAAACAUCAAAAGAUUUCGACAUGUUUUGAAACUGUAGCCUGUUUUAGUCUGUUUAGUGGAAACAGUCGUGUUUUGUUCUCUUGUUUUUAUACUUGUAGCCAACAAGGUUAAUAAUAUAAUAAUAAUAUAAUAUUAAUAUAACCAGCCAGGUUAUCAAUAUUUGUUGAAUUGAACCAAAUUGUAGGCAAGUAAAUAAUGUAUUUUUUUAUAUAAAUACUAUUUACAUAAAAUAAAUGUAUAUGAAUACAGCUGAUGUUUCUUAUCAAAGAAAUAAAGGUAAAAUGAAUAUUUACUUCAUCUUAUCAGAACCAUCCUAUAGAUUAUUGUAACAAGUUAAUUUUAUUUUAUAGCAAAAUUAGUUUUAAGUGAAAUCUAUUUACCAUUUAUGUAGCCUGUUGUUUUUGUAAGAUAUUUUUAUAAAUUAUAAAUUGUUUUGAUCUCAUGUACAAAAUGUUCAAAAAAGCAAGAUGGGUAAAUAUUGAAUUUUGUACAUGAUAUAGUGACCCAUAUGAUCAGAUGUAAACAAACUUUUUCCUUUUUUUAGAUAGUAAUUAAUUGAAUAGUUCGUUAAUAAUAUUACCAUGGUUAUUAAAUAAAUAAUAUACAUUAUUCAUUGGUUAUUUCAGAUCAUGUCUGAAGGUGGUAAAAAGGAGUGGACUACUGAAGAAAUUUGUACCCUCAUAGAUGCCUUGAGGGAACAUAGAAAUUUGUGGUACCCAAGGGAUGCCAACUAUAAAAAUAGGAUUGCAAAAGUGGAUUCACAUAAACAAAUUGCCCAAUUGUUUGACACCAAUUACCUGGAAAUAGCCAGAAAAAUAAAAAACAUAACGUCACAAUACCUACGUGAAAGAAGAAACUAUAAAAAAAUAAAAAAAUCUGGCGCGGGUCAGAAUUUUAUACCCAGGUGGUUUGGUUAUAACGCAAUGAGUUUUAUGCAUGAUAAAAAUAAACCAAGAAAAGGCGUUCAAAUCGGUGGAGAAUAUGAGGAAAGUGAAUCUUCAGAUGACGACCCUCAAACGGAGACCCAAAAUUCUGUUGACAUCCAUGACCUCGAGGAUGAACCUGAAAGAUCUAAAGUUGAAAACUCUGCUACACCAUUGGAAACUGACAAGUUUUGUAUGCAAAAUGCUUCAACCUCAAAUGCACCUGAAAAUGAGUUUACAUCAAAAAACCAACCCAAAAAGAAAACCAAUAGAAAUGUGGAGAAAGACAAUGAAAGUGAAAGCACACAAGUAUUUAAUAUGAUGAAAUCAGUAUAUGAAAAAAAAGAGCGUGAUGAAUAUGACGUAUUUGGAGAGAUGGUAGCUAAUAAUAUUAGAAGCUUAAAAACUGAAUACUCAAGGAUUACUGUGCAACAGCAGAUUACAAAUAUAUUGUUUGAUGCUCGCAGGUCCCACCUUCCACAAAGCAGUUGCACCCCAAUGCCUUCACCUUCCACACCGUCAUGGGCUGUCAUAUCUGACAAUUCAUCAGCAAGUGCAAUGUCAGGACAGAAAGUUCAAGUAAUUACUUUAAGCGAGACAAAUGAUUUCAACCCAAUACAAGGAGAGACAAGUAUUUUAAAAGAAGCUUUUUCAUCAGUUUUUCAGGACAUUAAUUAAAAAAAUAUGUAUUAAAAGUAAGUUAAAAUGUAUUAAUUUCGUUUUUCUUCUUAAUAAUCAGAAAUAAAUAAAA